AUGAGGGACAGGCUCCUGAAAUACAGCCUCGAGGAGACCAAUUUAGUGCAUAAGAAAACGCCGAUGAUGCGAGGGAAGAUGGCGAUGCACGCAGCCAUCACGCCCUUCGUCAUCUGCGGCGGUAAAUACAAUCUCCUGUUUGCCGUCGUGGCCAUUCUUGCAACAGUCGACUCCUGUUAUGCUGCUGAUGUGCGUUCUGUUGAUCACGCCCACCAAGCCACAGUAUUUUCGUCCUUCCCUAAAGAAGAUUUCCCUGAAGCUAGCGACCAAAUGAUGACCGAUGGCACCAUUUUGAAAGUGAUCUCCAAAUCGAACAUCGAUGCAGAAGGAAAUUCUGAGAAUCUGGCGGCAGUUGAGCCAUCAGAUUCUCAUUCUUCUUCACUGGUUGAAGCCACCGCAUCUCAGUCGCCCCUACUAGGGCCCGCGGGAAGCUUUCCGUCUACAACGCGAGUAACCAAAAUAGAUGAUGAAACCUCCCCUGACACUUCGAUCUUUGCGGUAGAAAAAUCGUCUUUGGGGUCACCUACGUCGGCCACAAGUGAAAGCUCUUUGUCUGAAAAACCAGAGUCUUCUGGCGCGCCAAAACAACCAUCAGACGGAAAGCAAUCAGAUUUGAUUAUCGGCGAAGAAUCUUUGGCUCCCAACUUGACGUCUCAUGGGCAAGUAUCUCCCGAACCUUCAAUAAACGUUGCGGCUCAACACUUGAUUGUCAAAGACAAAACAUUUACCGCUGAUCCUGACAUGGCUUCUUCUGGUUUUGAGGAAGGCGAAGAAGACGACGCUCAUCAAGUGGCCCUUGAUGCGAAUAACCAUGGCGACGAUACAACUACUCUGACAACAGACCUGAACAAUACAGCUGAUGACGUUGUUAACGUUGAAAAAAGAAAACCUUCUGUUGACGCCGAAUAUAGCAAUGUUGCUGAUGUAAACCAAGAAGCUGAAGACUCUAUCGGAAUUGUUGCUGAUGAAGCUGUCAUCGAUUUUGUCGUUGGCAAUAAUGACAGUACGUCUGAAAUAAAGGACAGUCGUGUGACAGACUCGAGCGAAGGUGAAAACAUUUCCAGUGCUCGUAUUACCAAUCCAAAAAAUACGAAUUUCCUGAUCAGUAACUCAGACAAGUCCGAUACUGAAACUAUCAAUACCGAGAUCAUAGACUCCCAGGUUCAGGGCCUCGAGGAAGUCGUUGCUGCGAGCGAUGAGACUGCGGGGCCGCAGCGAGGAGACGACAAAAGACGCGGCCGCGAGUCCAAAGCGCGGCAUUUCUUGACGGUCGCUGAAGAAGAUAUCUUGCAACAACCUGGAUCGGACGUGAAGCCGGGAAGAUGCCCGAGCCGCGUGAUCGCCUCAGAGCUCUGCCCCGUCGACGUAGCCGACCAAUGCGCCGGUGACUCCGACUGCAGCGGCGCUGCCAAGUGCUGCACCACGGGCUGCGCCAGGGUGUGUGUGCGCCCGCUGCAUUCAGCUUGCGAGCUGCAGCGCGAGAACACGCUGAGACACGGCCGUGCUCUGGGCCUGAGUGCCGCAGAGCUGCAGGUGCCGGACUGCGACGACCAGCAAGGAACCUUCGUGUCCGUUCAGUGCCGCGCCAACCACUGCUACUGCGCUGACCCUCUCACUGGGUACGAGGUGCCAGGCACCAGGGCCAGGUCCAUCCAUGAAGUCAACUGCUCAA